AUGAGAUUAGUUUUUAAGCUAGUCUAAUAACUUAGCUAAAUUGGAGAUUCUAAGAUGUUAGAUUUUAACACAUGGUAAAGGACUCUAGAAGAUGUAAUAUUAGAUUAAGAUUAAGCAACUCUCUCUUUUAAAGUAAUUAAGGAAUAAAAAAUUAAAAGAAAAACGAAAGUUUAUUUUGAAAACAGGACAUAAAUUGAACAUGAAAGUGAAGUAGUAUAACCUUUAAAAAAGUCUAAUCUGAUCAGACAAGAUAGUGAUGCCAUUUUUGUAUCUUCUGGAUUGGCAAUAUAAAUAAUGCAAAAUGAGGCUGGCACUUAAUCUAAACCCAAUUGGGCCAGCGAUAUCUCUCUUUUUUUAAUUAAGAUGUUAAAGGGACUCGGUAGCAAUUUGAGUAAGAUUAAAAAUUAUAAACCCAUAAAUUUAGGAAACAAAAUUAAAGUCUAAUAAAAGGAAAAAAGUUUAUCCCUUGAGUCAAUAAUGAUAGAGAUAAGUGAUAAAGAGUUGGAAAAAGAUUGA